CUCCUCUCUCUUUGUGUGGACCAGAGCAUGCUGGGUAAGACCCUGGAGUGAAUGCUCAUUUGUCUGUGGAAGGCUCUCGGAAGGAUCCCAAAGUCUGCUUGGAUUUUAGGAGCUGGAGCCGCACGGAAUAAACCAAGGACUCAUUGUAAAGCAGAGAGCUGGUCGCAUCCUGCUGCUGAAUGCUAUCACCACCAUCACAACACGCAUGGACCAUCAGAGAGAUCAAAGCUGGCUCAGGAAGCAGAGAGCAGCUCCUCCCCUCUGUCCUCUUUCACUACGGCUAUUGUGUAAUGAAACCAAUUUUUCUGGAAUAAGACCCAGCUUGAUCUGAAAACGGCGUUUAUGCCAAAGUACACUUGUGUGGUGAGGAAAAACGUAAUGAUUGUUUGAAGAUUUGGAUCAUUCUUGCCUUUUUCUUAGUUUCUCGACGGGAGCUUUAUUUUUAGAAGUGACUCAACAGAGCUUUUGUUUUUAUUUUAAACCUAUGUAGUGUGCUUUAAGGCAAGCAUUGCUUAAUUCCCUCUUACCUUCCUUUCAGCAAAUCAUCUAAUUAUUCAUCCACCCUGAUAAGAUUUAUGUGUCCCCUUCACUUUAUUUUCUACACUUGUGCAGUUAAGGUUUUCUAGUUGAGGAGCUCUGUGCGAGAUGUAUUGUAGUGAUGAACUGUGAGAAAUCGCUCUGACCGCUGGCGAAGUGAUGUUUGGACUGCAGUGUGUUUACUAUACAGUGUCUGUGGUCACGAGUGACUGGGCCGCAGGACCGCAGUCCCAGUCGAGCGGCUGGAGCUCUUUCCUGGAAGGAGGAGGAAAACAGUGAUGUCAGUGUCUGUGAGGAGAGGUGGUCUGGCGUAAAAUAUCUCGCAGGGGAGUUAGAGAGUCCUACACCGAUUCCUGCAUCUACCGCCCCUGAUAACCUGCAUCAAACAGAUCUUAGGUGAUGUUUCUCCCAUCAGCAUGUCUCCCAUCAGCCAAUCCCAGUUCAUACCACUGGGAGAAAUCCUGUGCCUGGCCAUUUCUGCCAUGAACUCCGCCCGUAAGACUGUCACACAAGAGACUCUCAUCGAACACCUAGCAACAUGCUUCCCAGGCGUCCCCACUCCAAGUAUGGAGAUCCUGCGGCACACGCUCAACAUGCUGGUCCGAGAGCGGAAGAUCUACCCCACCCCAGAGGGUUAUUUCAUUGUUACCCAACAGACGUACUUCAUCACGCCUUCCCUCAUUAGGACUAACAGCAAGUGGUACCACCUGGACGAGAGGAUACCAGAACGCAUGCAGCAGCAGCAGCCGUGUACCUCUCCUCACUCGAGUACCAUGACACCCUCCACUUCGGGAUGUGUCCGGGAAAGACCUCACCACAAGAACCACAGUGACUCCUACAACAACACCUACCGGGAGGACAUCCCUAGUACGCAUACCUCAACCUUACAGAGAAGGCCUAAGGAGCAUAAAGAGUCUUCUCCUGUGUCUCCGCCCCCUCAGCAGCAGCCAUCAGAGAAGAGUAAGAGUUCGCUUAGUUUUCCAUUUAAAACGGAAACAAACAGUAAACACAAAGACGGAAGCAGCAGCAGUGGGGAGAAGCAGUCUAAGAAGUUUGGCCUGAAGCUGUUCAGGUUAAGCUUCAAGAAGGACAAGACGAAACAUCUAGCCACAUUUUCAGCCCAGUUCCCACCUGAGGAGUGGCCACUGCGGGACGAGGAGACACCCAGUACUGUUCCUAGAGAGGUGGAGAUGGAGAUCAUCCGUCGGAUCAACCCAGAUCUCACGGUGGAGAACCUUGCUCGCCACACAGCUGUAAUGAAGCGGUUGGAGGAGGAGAAGGCGCAGCGGAACAAAGCCAACUCUUCAGCUCAGCAGAGCGCCCGCAGCAAGAGGAGCCGCAGCCAUCGAAAGGCCCAGCAGGGCAAGGCCUCGCGUUCCCAUAGCAAAACACGUGCAUCCAGGGGGGAUCCGUCUGAAGGAUCCAAUCUGGACAUAACCUAUGAUCGGGAUUACAGAUUCUACAGCUCCUCAUUGGUACGUUCUCCACGUGAAACCAUGAUGUCCAUGGAACGGAAUAGGGGGAAGUAUAUGGUUCACAGCAACCCCAAUAUUGUGGAGUCUCACUUUACCACCGCUCCAGAGUGGGAUGUUUCUGGGGAACUGGCAAAGCGGCGGACAGAAAUGCCAUUCCCAGAACCUUCUAGGGCACAGUCACAUUCCAAAGUCCACCGAAGUCAUAGUCAUACGCAAGAGAGAAAGUCACGAAAUGAGAGGUCGGACAAGGCCAAAGAAAGGUCACGUUCCAUGGACAACUCCAAGGGACCACUAGGUGGUCCAUACUUGGGAGGCCCAGAGGACUUUGAAUGCAGUCCCGAUGACAGGAGUCGGUACUACACUGACGAUGGUACUUUGAGGGCAUCUGCGCAGGCGACCCACUAUUCCCGCAUCAUGCUCUCUGCUGCUAGAUUGCACUCUGACGUUUGUGUGCCUGAUGUUGGAAGAGGAUCCUCGGAGGAUGCUGUGCUUUACCGGACGCUGGAGAAGAGUAAAAGCAGGGAUAGUCUUCCUGCUUACAACGACCUGAAGUCUUGCUCUCCCAAAACGCCAGUAGAUGACUAUUUCCAGUGCACUGCAGCAAAUGAAGUCUCGCUCUCUGCCCCACCUUCUCUUGCAAAACCCAGCCAUGACUUUCCGGAUAGUGUCUGGAAGGGGAUCUCCUCGGAGCGACUGACCCCUCAUCUUACACCACCUCACCCUAUAGAAUAUAAAGAGGAGUCAGCAAAGGGACAAAGUAGUAUUUCUAUAGCGUCAACAAGCCAAACCCCCGAGCAUCUCCCCAAUGGACGAUUGUUGCACCAACACAAUCCAGACUCAGGUGACUUGGACAAAAUGCCCGAGGUUUACAGCCAAGAGACUUUGUUCAAACCUCCAGACUAUGUGGAGAGCAGCUUCUCAAGGCCAGGUACGAUAGGUAAGUCCCCUCACACCAAGUCGACAGAGGUCCUGGAGACUCAGGAGCAUUUUGAUAAACCUCUACCACUGACCGUGCCACCAUCUUUGGCUCAGGAGCAGGCUUCAUGUGCAGAAACCACCUUCGACUAUUAUAACGUGUCGGAUGAUGACUCUGAGGAGACUAGUCAUAAGAACCGUGUGGAGGAGAAAGUCCUAGAAGAGGGAGGGACAAUGCAAUGGCUGCUGGAACGGGAGAAAGAGCGGGAUUUGCAACGGAAGUUUGAGAAGAACCUUACCUUUCUAAGUCCCAAGGAAGGUGAGAGCAACAACAGCCAAAAAUCAGUCCAUUCUACCCGAUUGGACAGUAUGGACUCCAGCAGUGUGACUGUGGACAGUGGAUUUAAUUCCCCACGCACGCGGGAAAGCCUUGCUUCGAACACCUCGAGUAAUGUGGAAAAUAGCAGGCGACAGAAUAUGGCUUUGAGUCCAGGACACAUUGGCACCAAAAGACCCCCACCGCCCUACCAGCCCCCCAGCUUCCGCACCAUCCGUGAGCCGCCCGCCAACCGCACGGAGAAACAGGCCUCCAUCACCAGCGUGUAGUGAUGGGGACCGCCGUCAAGCCCCACUUCACCAGGACUGUUACAAUCUUACAGAGCUCGUGUGACGCCUGUUCCUGCUGUUUUCAAAUGUAGACGUGUUUCAAAAAACACACUUCAUCAUGAUUCACUGGAGGUAUCUUUUACUUUUUUUGAUAUUUGUAACAAAUACCGCUGCAAACAAACAAGUCACUUCAUUAGGACUAAAUUUACGCUGAUCUGCGAUCUGUUUGGGAUAAAAUCCUCGAUCAAACUCAUUUGUAGGUGUCCUUUAUAGCUUAAUGUAUCCACUACGGGUCUUAACUGUCUUCUGAUCCAAACUUGGCUGCGUUGCCUCUGCCUAUUCAUUCAUCGCUGUGUCUGGUGUGUCAUUCUGUACGCUCAGGUCCCUCUGAACUCUCACAUUUUCUGGCCGAAAUUUGAAGGCCACGAUAAUCUCCCUGGAAAUCCGAACAAGCUCGUCUGUUUCUGCUGGAAUCGUUCUACCGCAUCCUUGUGUAUCGUCCGCUGUCCUGGGAUUUCUCUGGGACAUUUAUGUAGAAUCUUAACAAAACAUACCACCGUUAAUGCAUUAUUUGUUUAUAAAAAAUACCAAUUUAAAUAUUACUGGUGCUUUCUCAUUGAAUGGACCGUUAUUAUUUAAAAAAAAAAAAAAAAAAAGUUGGAAUCCAUUUUUUUUCUCCAGAUUUUCUCUUUUAACCAGGUGCUCAACUACUAGACGACACAGAAUACACACAUUGCUACCUCCACUAUUUGUACAGUCGUAGAGGGAGACAUGAGAGACGUCCACCCCCACCUUAGGCCCGCUGUAUUAGACAAACCACUAUCAGCUUGCAAACUGUGAAUGUACUGCUAGUGCUUUUCAAUCACAUCUCCAUCAUCAAGCGUUAGUAACCUACUGUUCUCAUACUAAUAGAGCCAAAUCUCAUUGUAAUAGAGAGGAGACUUGUGUAGAGUUUGGAAUCAUAUAGGACCCAUAUAGAGUGGAUAAUUUAGAACUUCAUAUCUCUGAUAUGUCCUGCCAUGUUCAAUUAUUUGUUGUUAUUAUGAUUAUAAUUAGUUUUUUUUCCAGUUCUUUUAGUGCACAAAUUCAUGGUAAGCAAUUAGAACAAUAUUUCACUGAUUCUUGAGAUGUGGGGCAAAACUUUAUUAUUAUUUAUUUAUUUUAUUUUGUUUAAGUUAGAUGUUCUUUCCCACUUUUUGUUCAUGGUUUCUACAAAAAUUUUAAGUUGCAUUGUUUUUAACACUGAUUAUUUGCAUUUGUUUUUAACACUUUUAAAAUAUUAAAAUAGAAAAUGUGUUAUUUUAAAUAGUAAUAAUGUUUUUUAUAUUACAUUACAGUUUACAUAUACAUCAACUUGUUCCCUUUCUAUAAUUUGCCACCGCCAUUUCAAUCUCAAGAUUUCAACAAAAAUGUUUUGGAUUUUUGCAUAAUUUUCUAUUAGAAUAUUGAAGUCCUGUUACUAUUAGCAACACUAGAAAAAUAAAGUGACUACAGCGAAUUAAUACUUAUAUGUGAUCCUGGACCACAAAACCAGUCUUAAGUCGCUGGGGUAUAUUUGUAGCAAUAGCCAACAAUACAUUGUACGGGUCAAAAUGAUCAAUUUUUCUUUUAUGCCAAAAAUCAUUAGGAUAUUAAGUAAAGAUCAUGUUCCACGAAGAUAUUUUGUAAAUUGCCUACUGUAAAUAUAUCCAGACUUAUUUGAUUAGUAAUAUGCAUUGCUAAGAACUUCAUUUGGACAACCUUAAAGGUGAUUUUCUCAAUAUUUAGAUUUGUGUGCACCCUCAGAUUCCAGAUUUUCUCUCAGCCAAAUAGUGUCCUAACACACCAUACAUCAACAGAAGCUUUCAGAUGAUGUAUAAAUCUCAGUUUCAGAAAAAUGGCACUUGUGACUGGUUUUGUGGUCCAGGGUCACAUAUGGUUAUGACAGUGUGAUAUUGUUUCAUUCUUAAAGUUGAAUGCUAAAUUUGUCAGUAUUUAUGAUAAAUAUUUGACAUUAGUCAUGUCAUUUUUGUAAAUAUUGACAAAUCUAGCAAAUUCUGUCACAUGACCAUACACAUUUUGUAUCUGACCUGUGAACAAGUCUUGUGUAAAUUAUAUGUAAAGUAGCAACCAAGCCAUAAAACAUGUACACAAAAUAAUUAUUUGAUGCAUUUGUUCUUUGCCCUGUUUUGCCCCAAUAUUUAAGAAUCAGUGAUUUCUAAGUUUUUAAAUAAGUUAUUCAAUUAUAAGUCUGAAAGAAUAGCUUUUUUCCUUUUGUGAAACGAUGUUCACUGCUCCAUUUAGUGAACAUCUAUCAUAUUCAUCCGAGUACGAGUCCCCUCAUGAGUUCUAGAGGACUGUAAAAUGUCACGCUCUCCAAUAAAUGGAUAAACUGCA